AUGGCGCUCCGUAUGACCACGAGGCAGCUAUGCCAGAGGCUCCCCAGAAGCAGCGCAAGCUUGCAGCAGAUCGCAAUCCAGAGACGGCACCUGGCCACUACGUCAACGCCGCCAGCUACACAAAAUGCGGCUGGCUCCAAGGGCCCAACGGCGAUGGUAUUCCUCAACAUGGGCGGUCCAUCUACCACUGCUGAUGUCGGCGACUUCUUGAGCCGACUCUUCUCGGACGGUGAUCUCAUUCCACUUGGUCGACUACAAAACUACCUUGGUCCCCUGAUCUCGGCGCGCCGUACACCCAAGAUUGAGAAGCAAUACGAUGCUAUUGGCGGAGGCUCACCUAUCCGAAAGUGGUCCGAGCAUCAGUGCGCCGAGAUGUGCAAGAUUCUCGACAAGAUGUCCCCCGAGACCGCCCCGCACAAGCCCUAUGUCGCCUUCCGCUACGCGAACCCUCUCACCGAAGACAUGUAUAAGCAACUGCUUGAAGAUGGCUUCGGCGGCGGAAAUGGCGGUCGUGCUGUCGCAUUUACCCAAUACCCCCAAUACUCUUGCUCGACGACCGGCAGCAGCAUCAACGAGCUAUGGAAGUGGCGUCACAGACUAGAAGGCAAAACGACGGAAGAAACUGAGGGUGCGAUCAAUUGGAGCGUGAUUGACCGCUGGCCGGUACACCCAGGUCUAGCCAAGGCUGUCGCGCAAAACAUCCAGGCGAAGCUCGCUGAAUACCCCGAGGAACGCAGAAAGGACGUGGUUCUGCUUUUCUCUGCCCACAGUCUGCCCAUGUCUGUUGUCAAUCGAGGUGACCCAUACCCCGGCGAAGUUGCCGCCACCGUCUAUGCCGUGAUGCAGGAGCUCAAAUUCUCUAACCCUUAUCGAAUCUCCUGGCAAUCGCAGGUCGGCCCCAGUGCCUGGCUAGGCCCUCAGACUUCUGAUACCGUCACGAGCUACGUUGCCCGCGGCCAAACCGACAUGGUCCUUGUGCCGAUUGCCUUCACGUCGGACCACAUUGAGACUCUUUACGAGCUCGACGAGGAGGUUAUCGGCGAGAGCGGCCACAAGGAUACCAUCAAACGAGCAGACAGUCUGAAUGGAAAUCGCACUUUCAUCGAGGCUCUUGCCGAUAUCGCAAAACAGCAUCUCGACAGUGGCGAUGCUUGCUCGAAGCAGAUGCUACUGCGCUGCCCUGGAUGCAAGAGCGAGCGUUGUGGCGAGUCAAAGAGGUUCUUUUCUCAAGGUCAAGGCCCUGUGCUGUAG